AUGGAGUCACCAUGUGGAAGGAGUUUCAUGCAGGUACUGUGUGAGAAAUACAGCCCAGAAAACUUUCCGUACAGGAGGGGGCCAGGAGCCGGUGUGCAUGUACCUGCUGGGCCUCAAGUGUCACCCAUGAAAGAUCGCUUGAAUCUCCCCAGUAUCUUGGUAUUGAACAGUUGUGGCAUUAGCCAUGCUGGAGAAGAGAAUGAAAUUGCUGCAUUUUGUUCACACGUGUCAGAAUUAGACCUGUCUGGUAACCAGCUUGACAGCUGGCAAGAGGUCAGCAAGAUAGUAUCUAAUGUGCCUCAGCUGCAGUUCUUGAAUUUGAGUUCUAACCCAUUAUACAUGUCUGUGUUGGAACGUGAGUGUGCUGGAUCAUUUUCUGGUAUUCGUAAACUGGUUCUCAAUAACUGCAAAGUUACCUGGGAAACAGUCCACAUACUGCUGUUGGAGCUACCAGACCUAGAGGAACUGUUUCUGUGCCUUAAUGACUAUGACACCAUAGUGAGUUCACCAGUUUGCUUUCGUUCGUUGAGGCUUCUUCAUAUAACAGACAACAAUCUCCAGGACUGGUCUGACAUUUGUAAAUUAGGCAUGAUGUUUCCUUGUCUUCAUACUCUUGUCCUUGCAAAUAACAAUAUAUUGAUGAUCGGGGACUCUGAGGAAUCCUUGUCACGGUUGUUUCCAAAUCUUCGGUCAAUAAGCCUUCACAAGUCAGGUCUAAGUUGCUGGGAAGACAUUGAAAAACUAAAUGCGUUACCGAAGCUAGAAGAAGUCAGGUUAUUAGGUAUUCCUCUAGUGGAGCCUUAUAGCACAGAAGAACGCCGGAAAUUAGUUAUUGCAAGAUUACCAUCUGUUUCCAAACUGAAUGGCAGCGUUGUCACAGAAGGUGAAAGAGAAGACUCAGAGAGAUUCUUCCUCCGUUACUAUAUGAAUUUCCCAAAGGAAGAUGUCCCAUUAAGAUAUCAAGAAUUGGUUACAAAGUAUGGUAAGUUGGAGCCACUUGCAGAGGUAGAUCUCCGACCACAGAACCAAGCCAGUGUUGACAUUCACUAUGAGGAAAACGUUCAAACAAUAAGUGUUCGCCUUGAUCAAACCGUUGCUGACUUCAAGAAGCAACUUAAAACUUUAGUACCAUUGUCAACAAACAAUAUGAGACUCUAUUACCUGGACCAUGAAGCUCCAUUUGGACCUGAAGAGAUGAAAUUUACCACACGAGCUUUACAUUCAUAUAAUGUUCGAGACGGAGACGACAAAUUUUAUGUAGAACCUAAGAUCAAAUGA